CAUCACAAAUCAGACCAGACCAGAACUGAAGAUUAAAGGCUUCCAGUCGAACAAACGGCCUCUGUCUGCGUUGAACCAUGAAGACUCUGGUGGCUCUGCUGUUUGUGACUCUGAUCUGCCUCCUCCAUCAGGACUCUGCAGAUGCCAAAAGGCCACCAGUUCCACUAUCAGAUGAAUGCUGUCUAGCAAUGACCGAUAAAGGUAUUCCGAGGGAUAAGGUGACAAACGUGACCGAGACUCCAAGUAACUGUAGAGGCCAUAAAGCAUUUAUAGUCACAACUGAAAAACAAAAAAAGAUUUGCGUGGAUCCUAGCUGUUCCUGGGUGAAGAAAAACAAGGAUUUCCUUAAUGAAUUCUUGAAGAAAUAAGUGAAUCUGUUCAAUAAGGAAAAGUCACCUGUUUCUACACCUAAAAUAAUGUCACUGAGAACUUGGACAAAUUUUGCUCCAUCUAACAUGUGAAAUAAUGUGAAAAUCCAUGUUUUCCCAUAUGUGAAUGUUUUUUACACGUGUUCUGCUGACUCUGACAACUGCCUUUUAUUACAUAGAAAAGUUUUAUUUACAGAAUUAUAUUUUAUAAAUCCACUGUAAAAAGAUGAUGCAACAAUAGGCUGUUUGAGUUAACUGUUGUAAAUAUAAAGUGAUUUUUCUGUAUUUGUUUUUCUUGUUUGAUUCUUUACAUUUAUACACAUAUCUUAUAGAUGUAUUUUCAGUUUUUGAGUCCUACUGCUGUAGGUGACUCUUUUCUUCCCCUGAGUUGCAGUAUAAAAUAACCCCCUGGGGUUUAAUAAAGUUAAUAUGUAUUUGUAAUUUUCAUGGAAAGUAAUCUGAUAGUGUAAAGAGAAUAAAGUUGCUUUCAU